AUGCCAGACAGGUUGUCGCGUCUGAAGGCGAAGCUGUUACGACGAUCACCAAAUCCCAAAGCGGACGGGGCGGAUCCGGUCCACCCUAUCUCAAACUCUCCCUCUGCUCCGCAGCUUGUCGACUCCAACAAAUCCCCGGCGUAUAGCAUCGUCUCUUCGCCAGGCUGUUCCGAUGCCAUCGGUCCUACCAACGAAAGCCACACCCGAUCGCUAGGGCCGAACGAACCGGUUUCCGCACCUCAGUCAGACAGACAGCCGUCGCCCGAGACCCGGACUUGUACAUCAUCACCUGAAGCGCACACCUCUUCGCUACAUACUCCUCUGACGGGCCCUUCGUCCCCCCUCGAAACACCUUCGUUGCCAACCCCUCAGCAUUCCGACAACACCUCCUUCCAGUCCACCCACAAAACUCAGGCCUCAACACCAGCUGCGACCCAGUUGACUCCCACCCUCAAUACCGUCGUUGAGUGGCCUGCCUACGACCGUAGACCCCCAGCGCCAUAUUACACUCCUUCUACGAGCAAGCGACCAAGCCUUGCGAUUCGUCGUCAAUCUCUUCUCCCAGCGACACACCAGCACUUGAUUGGUGGGCUGUUGGAGGCAAAUAUCUUUUCUGCCUUAGGAGACCAGAUAAGCGACUUUACUCCUGCUCCUGCUUGCGAGAUGGUACAGCGUCGGGUUUGGGUCAAACGGCCUGGUGGCUCGGCCACCUUGGUGCCGUGCAUGGAGGAUGCGGUCGUGGAUGAACUCCGCGACCAGGUGAUCAUGAAAUAUGUCAAUUCGCUAGGAAGAAGCUUCGACUCUCCGGAUAUUGUGAUCAGAAUAGCGCCACGAGAAGGAUCCAAUCGACAAACCCACCCCGAACGACUUUUGAGCCCAGAGGAAGUUAUGUCCUCUCUUCUCGAUGCGUACUAUCCCGGUGGACAGAAAAUCGAGGAAGCGUUGAUGAUCGAGGCUCCGGCGCGCCGAACACCAAAGCCAUCUCCCCGUCACUCAAUUUAUACCCAUCAUCAAUCUGAACCUGGCGAACAUGGCGAUUAUUUCCCUCUUAUGCCUGUCAACCCGAAAUCUGGCAGCCCGGCCGCACACCCACACCCGCACACAGUUCCGGCCGCAGCAGCCAGUGCACCUUCAAUAUCGAUACUCAACACUGGAGUUGCCCCUCCGUUGCCAUCCCCAGGAAGUCGCAGGCGGCAUCACCAAAGGCCUCCGCUGACGAGACACGCGACAAACUCCCCCACGAUCCAUGGUCAUAUCCCCAUCGUUACAGAAACCGGCCCUUCUCCUCACACUCAGCCUCCCUCAAUAACUGCCGCUCCCUCUGGCUCAACGCCCCCGGUACCUGUGACAGAGUCUCCACAAGUCAAAUCACACACCCCUCCGGCAGUAUCAUCACCACGUUCUGUUCGCAAGACAAAAGCGGCAACAUCUCCCGGUGCCGUCUUUGGUGGGUUGAUUGACGGUACCGUUCCGCCGAUCAACGUCCUCAUUGUGGAAGACAACAUUAUCAACCAGAAGCUCCUCGAAGCGUUCAUGAAGAGAUUGAAAGUCCGCUGGAAGUGUGCCGCGAACGGCGAGGAAGCCGUGCGGAAAUGGCGACAAGGUGGUUUCCAUCUUGUCUUGAUGGAUAUUCAGCUUCCCGUCAUGAAUGGACUGGAUGCGACGAAGGAGAUCCGACGCCUUGAGCGCCUCAAUGGUAUUGGUGUCUUCCCUAAAACAGCUUCUGGGCGCUCUGCUGUGUCUAGUGCAGCUUUGCUGGAUAGAAGACCCGGUCUUCAGCGUACUGUCAGCGAGGAUGACACCUUGUCCGAUCUGUCACUCUUCCGGAGUCCGGUCAUUAUUGUGGCUUUGACGGCCAGCAGCUUGCAAAGUGAUCGUCACGAGGCCUUGGCCGCUGGAUGCAACGAUUUCUUGACCAAGCCCGUUGGUUUCCCUUGGCUCGAGCAAAAGGUGACAGAAUGGGGCUGCAUGCAAGCUCUCAUUGACUUUGAGGGCUGGCGGAAAUGGCGAGGCUUUAUGGAUUCUCCUCGAUCCAACUCUCCAGCCAUUGACACCACCGCCAGCCCAAUGCAGGGUGGUCACCGCGCCGAGCCUGCCCAGGAAGACCCUGCCUCGCCUUCUAGCGCUCGCACGGCCUUCAAGAAAACACAACCAGAUCACCACGAGGCUAGGCCCAGCCUUCCAGAUGCCGCAGAAAUCAUGCGGGAGGACUCGUGGGGAAGUGGCAGUCCUGAUAGUAUAGAUUCACCCUUGAGUCCACAAACCACCCCCGGAGAUCUCGCACCAACAAGCGAGGACAACAGCGCCCCGGAAUAA